AUGGCAGGUGACGACCACUACCUUACUCUGUCAUGCCCCGAUAAAGCAGGCAUUGUGUAUGCUGUCACGGGUCUCUUAGCGAAGGAAAACCUCACCAUUCUGGAUCUACAGCAAUUCUCCGACCCAGACUCCAAGACUUUCUUCAUGCGCGUCCAUUUUGGACACUCCCCUGAUGUCUCCGCACUACAAGAUAGCAUGAAGAAGCUCGCCUCGGAGAUGAGUAUGACGUACCAGAUCCAGCGGGUAGACGCAAAGCCUAAGGUCCUUAUCAUGGUGUCCAAGAUCGGCCAUUGCCUCAACGAUUUAUUGUUCCGCGUCAAGUCUGGUCAACUCAAGGUGGAUGUACCAAUCAUUGUAUCCAACCACCCCGAGUUCGCUGAACUAGCAAAGAACAACGGUAUCGAAUUCCACCACCUACCCGUAACCAAGGAUACCAAAGAGAAACAGGAGACACAGAUAUUGGAUUUGAUCAAACAACACAACAUCGAUCUUGUGGUUCUCGCACGCUACAUGCAAGUGCUCUCACCUCGUCUGUGUACAGAAAUGUCGGGCAAGAUCAUCAACAUCCAUCACUCUUUCUUGCCUUCUUUCAAGGGCGCGAAACCGUACCAUCAGGCUUAUGAGCGCGGUGUUAAGAUCAUCGGGGCAACCGCACAUUUUGUUACAGCCGAUUUGGAUGAGGGACCAAUAAUUGAACAGCGCGUUGCGAGGGUUGAUCAUGCUUUGAGCCCCAAGGAAUUGGUGGAGGAGGGAAGCAAUGUUGAAAGUCAGGUCUUGGCUGCGGCGGUCAAAUGGUGGAGUGAGAAGAGGGUAUUUUUGAACGGUCAGAAAACCGUCGUGUUCAACUAG